CCACAGGGGCUAUAGUAUAUGCUAUUAAACUAUUGCUAGGUACUGCUGGCAAAAUUUGAAAUCUUCUCCUUCAUAAAUUAAACCCGAUUUUCAUACGAAUCUUGAGCCCUGUUCAGAAUACGAGAGCUCAGCCCAUCUUUUUAACCUGUAAAAUGCCAAGCAAAACCAUAGAACUUAUGAACUGCGGAUGAAUCCAACGUAUUUAUUGCCGACCUCUCGCAGACGCUCACACAUAAAGGAAUCUAAUUGAACUGUCUGCUAUGGUCGCUAAAAAUGCAAUAACAGAGCAAACCAAAAUAAAUUGAGUUGGAUAUAAUUUCUAACAAAUAGCUCUGUACAUUUUCCAUCCUCCAAUUACAAUCAUAAAAUGCCAUUGCCAUUCCCUAUUCAUCUCAUCUCAAUCUCACAGCAUUAUGUUGGAGGGGUUGCACGUUUUGCUUCUGAGGCACAAUCCCCUUGAAGACUACCCUACUCAUCAAACUUAUAUCCUCAGAAACGCACUUUCACAAUGGAAAAAAAUUCAUUCUUUCAUCGCUCACAGGCGAUUUUCCUUUGCUAUACGCACAACUUUUCAUAAUAAGCUUAUUUACAUGUAUGUCAAGUGCGGAAGUUUGGUCGAUGUCCGUAAAGUGUUCGAUCACAUGAAAGAACGAGACAGUGUCUCAUGGAAUACGAUUAUUGCAGCGUACAGAAGAUACGGGUAUCCGCACGAAACAGUCACACUGUUCCACCAUAUGCAACAAACAGGUUUCCAACCCGAUAAGUUCACAUUUGCCAGCGUACUCCCAGCCUGUGCCAAAAUGGGAGCUUUGGAACAGGGUAUGGAUAUCCAUCAAAGCAUAAAGGAUAGAGGAAUUUUGUCAGAUGUUAUAGUUGUAAGUGCCCUGGUAGACAUGUAUACAAAAUGUGGAAGGAUAGACAAGGCACGUGAACUGUUUGACAAAAUGCCUCAAAGAGAUGUGUUCUCGUGGACUGCAAUGAUUUCAGGAUAUGCACAAAAUGGAUUUGUUGAUAAGGCUUUAGAAACUUUCAAGCAAAUGCAAUUGGCAGGUGUAAAGCCAAAUUCCACAACUUUUGCCAGCAUCCUCCCGGCCUGUGCCAAAAUGCGAGCUUUCGAACAGGGUAUAGAUAUCCAUCAAAGCAUAAAGGAAGGAGGAUUUUUGUCAGAUGUUAGAGUUGCAACUGCCCUGAUAAACAUGUAUGCAAAAUGUGGAGACAUGGACAAGGCACGUGAACUGUUUGACAAAAUACGUCAAAGAGAUGUCAUCUCAUGGAAUGCAAUGAUUGCAGGAUACGCACAAGGUGGAUUUGUUGACAAGGCUUUAGAAACUUUCAAGCAAAUGCAAUUCGCAGGUGUCAAGCCAAAUUCCACAACCUUUGUCAACAUUCUCCCUGCCUGUGCCAAAAUGGGAGCUUUAGAGCAGGGUAUACACAUCCAUCAAAGCAUAAUGGAAGGGGCCAUUUUGUCAGUUACAGUUGGAAAUGCUCUGAUAGACAUGUAUGCAAAAUAUGGAAGCAUAGACAAGGCAAGUGAACUGUUUGAUAUAAUGCCUCAAAGAAAUGUAGCCUCAUGGAAUGCCAUAAUUGCAGGAUAUACACAAAAUGGAAUUGUUGACAAGGCUUUAGAAACUUUCAAGCAAAUGCAAUUGGCAGGCAUAAAGCCAAAUUCGACAACCUUUGCCAGCAUCCUUCCUGCCUGUGCCAAAAUGGGAGCUUUAGAACAGGGCAUGGACAUCCACCGAAGUAUAACGGAAGCAGGAUUUUUGUCGGAUGUUAUAGUUGUAACUGCCCUGGUAGACAUGUAUGGAAAAUGUGGAUGCAUAGACAAGGCAUGUGAACUGUUUGACAGAAUGCCUCAAAAGAAUGUGGUCUCAUGGACUGCAAUGGUUGCAGGAUAUGCACAGAACGGAUUUGCUGAAAAGGCUUUAGAAACUUUCAAGCAAAUGCAAGUGGCAGGGGUAAAACCAAAUUCCACAACCUUCGCCAGUAUCCUCCCUGCCUGUGCCAAAAUGGGAGCCUUGGAAGAGGGUAUGGAAAUCUAUCAAAGCAUUAAAGUAGGAGGGUUUUUGUCAGAUGUUGUAGUUGCAACUGCCCUGGUAGACAUGUAUGCAAAAUGUGGAAGAAUAGACAAGGCACGUGAAUUGUUUGACAUAAUACCUCAAAGAAAUGUGGUAUCAUGGAAUGCCAUGAUUGCAGGAUAUGCACAAAAUGGAUUUGUUGUAAAGGCUUUACAAACAUUCAAACAAAUGCAAUUGGCAGGUGUAAAGCCAAUUUCUACAACCUUCGCUAGCAUCCUCCCCGCCUGUGCCAAAUUGGGAGCUUUGGAACAAGGUAUCGACAUCCAUCAAAAGGUGAUCGAAGGAGGCUAUUUGUCAGAUACUAUGGUUGGAAAUGCUCUGGUAGACAUGUAUGCAAAAUGUGGAAGCAUAGAAAAGGCAUGUGAUCUGUUUGAUAGAAUGCAUAAAAAAAAUGUGGUCUCAUGGACUGCAAUGAUUGCAGGAUAUGCACAAAAUGGAUUUGUUGAGAAGGCUUUAGAAACUUUCAAGCAAAUGCAAUUGGCAGGUGUAAAGCCGGUUUCCGCAACCUUUGCCAGCAUCCUCCCUGCCUGUGCCAAAAUGGGAGCUUUGGAACAGGGUAUGGACAUCCAUCAAAGCAUAAUGGAAGGUGGUUUUUGGCCAGAUAUUACAGUUGGAAAUGCUCUGGUAGACAUGUAUGCAAAAUGUGGAAGCAUAGGCAAGGCACGUGAUCUGUUUGACAAACUGCCUCAAAGAGAUAUAAGCUCAUGGAAUGCAAUGAUUACAGGAUAUGCACAAAAUGGAUUUUGCAAGGAUGCUCUCGAAAUCUUUGAAUUAAUGAAUCACUCUGGAACAAAUCCUGACAUUGUAAGCUUUGCUUGUGUUCUAUGUGCAUGCAGCUAUGCAGGAUUAGUGAAUGAGGGCUGUACAUACUUCAAUCGCAUGAGUUGCACCAACUACAUUACAUCCACAGUUGAUCAUUAUGUGUGCAUGGUUGACCUUCUCGCCCGUGCUGGCUAUCUCGAGGACACAUUAAAUUUUAUCAUUAAGAUGCCAGUUAAACCUGUAGCGGUUGUGUGGAUGUGUUUUCUUAGUGCCUGUAGAUCACAUAUGAAUAUAGGCUUGGGAAUAUUUUCAGCACUGCUACUUUUUGAUUUGGAUCCUCAAAAUGCUGCGAGUUAUGUUCUUCUUUCAAACAUCUAUGCAGAAGCGGGCAGGUGGUGUGAAGUUAAGAUGGUAAGGAGAUUGAUGAAAGAUAGAGGAAUAAAAAAGAUCCCUGGAUGCAGUUGGAUUGAAAACCACAAAAUGGUACAUGUUUUUUGUGCAGGAGACAGAUCACAUUCACAGACAGGGGAUCUAUAAAGGUUGGAGAAUUGAGCUUGGGAGAUGAAGGCAGUAGGGUAUUUUCCAGAUUCAAGACACUCAAUGAUGUGGAAGAGGAGAAAAAAUAAAUAUUUCUAUUCCACCAUAGUGAAAAGUUGGCAAUUGCAUUUGGUUUGUUAAACACGACCCCUGAAUCAACUUUUAGAGUUUUUAAUAACCUUCGAAUAUGCGCUGAUUGCCACACUGCAACAAAAUUUAUCUCCAAUAUUGUUACAAGAGAAAUCAUUGUGAGAACUGCACACCGUUUUCAUUAUUUUAAAACAAGGACAAUGUUCUUGUGGGAAUUAUUGGUGAUGCUAAAUGAAGCAACCUCCGAAAUAGGCUUGAACUAUGACAGUGUGCAGCGUGUCAGACUUGGAGCAAUAAUGAAGGGACAAGGAAACCUGCAUAUGUAUGAAAAGAAAAGUUGGAGGAGGUGGAGAAUGGAGAAGAAAUAGAAGGCGAGGAACACUUCAAAGUAUGAUUUAAUCCAUAUGCUCAAAAACUUAUGAGUUGUGCGACUAACAUUUCUUGUGUAGUAGAUUUUAAAAUGUGAAUAUCAUCAUAGACAUAUGUCAUGGAAUACUCCAAGUAGCCUCCACCAAUGGUAGAUGUAGUGAAUCCUCUACAAUAGGUGGUAGGCUUUGUCUUUUUUUCCUUGUGAUGAAUAACAAUGCUUUGUGGCAUUGGUGGAUUACCUUUGACAUUUAUUUUUGUGAUUUUUUUGUAUCUUUGAUGAGCUA